AUGGUAGUAGACUCUACCCUCCGCUUCUUUUACGACACUCUAAUACUAUUCGGGUCACAAGUUCUCUUCUUCGCCUUUGGCUGGGUAUUUCUCGUAAAGAAGCUAUUCAAAGAUUACGAGUCGUCGACUGACCGUCAUGCUGAGCAGUUGGUUCAGGCGGUGUUCUCGUUGACGUUCAGUAACAGCUGUGCGUUGUUCGAGUUAGUCAUUUUUGAGAUUAUGGAUAUUAUGGAUAGAGAGUCAUCGCAACACUUUGCUGGUGCAUAUACUUCUAUGGGUUUUGGCAAGUGGGAAAUUUAUUCCCAAUCUCAAAGAAUGUUAAUACUUCAGAGACAAUCAGGUAUGAGUCGUGUGGGUGUUAUUGGUGUCACGAUAAUGGCUAUUUUAUCGGGAUUUGGCGCGGUGAAUAGUCCUUAUGCCACUUUGUUCUUCUUUCUUAGACAGGUCACAGACGCCGAUAUACAAUCAGCCGAAAAAAAAUACCUUCAAAUAAUUGAACAAAUCAUGAACAAAAAGAGACGAAUACUAAUUAUACAGACACGUCAAAAAAAUAAUGUCAAUGAACAUAAUAAUAACAGCUCAAGAGUCGGUGGAUUUGUGAUGAAAAUGUUCAACACAGUGGCUAGUGGUAUGGGGAUUGGUGGUGAAAAUAUCGGUACAUUACGACAAGAAAUAACAGGUCUAGAGAACUUGGCGCGUCAAUUAUUCUUGGAUAUUGAUGAUUUACAUCAAGAGAAGGGUCGUCUUGACUAUUCGAAAACAUGGAAAGGAAAAUACUUUAAUUACCUUGGUUACAUUUUCUCUGUAUACUGUAUCUACAAGAUUGUGAUGGCCUCUAUUAACAUUAUCCUCAGCCGAAAUACUGGUCCAGCUUCAGAUCCAAUAACCUAUGGCCUUACACUUGCCAUCAAAUACAUCAAUUUGGAAAUGGACGUGCCAUUCUGGUCACAGCAGUUGAGUUUCUUGUUCGUGGGGUUGAUGAUUAUUUUUUCGAUUCGUGGGUUGCUGAUUCAGUUGUUGAAGUUUUUUCGAGCUGUUUCGAAUUCAGUAUCUCGAAGUAACAUUGUGCUAUUCCUCGCGCAAAUAAUGGGCAUGUACUUUUUGAGUUCGGUGAUGAUGUUGAGGAUGUCGUUACCUGCUGAAUACAGAAUGAUAAUAUCAAAAGUCCUCGGUGCAAUAGAAUUCAAUUUUUACCAUCGCUGGUUCGACGUGAUAUUUCUCGUGAGCGGUAUCGCUAGCGUGGUAUUUCUUUAUUUCGUGCAUCAUGCGAACCGUAGUAACGCGAUGAUUAGCAGCAGUGGUAUUUUUACUUCUGCUACUACUGCAUCUUCUGCAUCCUCGUUUAUUUCAAUGUCGCCUAAUGGAGAGUAUUCGCCAAGUGGGCACAAAAAAAAUUAUGAUUUGGAUAAUAGUAAUGAUAAUCGGCAUUAUACAAGUGGUGGAGGUGGUAAUAGUAAUGGGGGAAAUAGUACUAGUAACAGAUGGAAUGAUCGCGGAUUGUAUUAUCGUGGAUGA